AUGUAUUACCGUCUAGGCCUAUCCACGAAGCAAGGCACCACUAGUCAAGCCCGUAUCAACCAGGUAGAUCCCGUGGAAGCGCAGCUUGAUUUCAGGAAGUUUAUCGACAUCCUUCGACAGGACAAUGACCUGGUAGAUAUCAGUCAGGAAGUUGAUCCUCAUCUCGAAGUUGGCGCAAUUGUUCGACGGGUAAGUGAGCUCAAUGACAAAGCACCACUUUUCAAUAAUGUCAAGGGCGCUUGCAACGGUAUGUGGCGCAUAUUCGGCAAUGCAGCCGGUUUGCGACAAGGAGAGAUUAAAAAGUUUGGGAGGAUUACCAGAAACCUAGGCUUGCCGCCAGAUAAAGCGAAACCACUACCUACCAUCGCAUUGCCGACCGGCCCAUGUAAAGAGAAUAAAGUUUUCGGCGAUGACAUCGACCUUGAGGCAUUACCAGUUCCAUUUCUACACAAAAAUGAUGGUGGCAAGUAUCUGGCCACUUACGGAAUACAUGUUCUCCAGACACCAGGCAAGUCUUGGACAAACUGGUCCAUCUUCAGAGGUAUGGUUCACGACAAGAAUCACUUGGUCUGUCUUGUCGUCUCAGGGAAACACAACUCGAUCAUUCGAGACUUGUGGUUGAAAGAGGGGAAAACUGAGAUGCCUUGGGCUUUGGCUCUUGGCGUACCACCGAUCGCGUCCAUCGUGGCUUCAAUGCCCGUUCCAGAGGGUGUAUCCGAGAGCCAGUACGUCGGUGCCAUCACGGGCAGGUCGUUGAAACUUGUCAAGUGUGGACUCAAUGAUCUCAUGGUGCCAGCAAAUAGUGAGAUCGUUCUAGAGGGCACGAUGUCUUUUACAAAAACAGCCCCUGAAGGUCCGUUCGGCGACUAUCUGGCUAUUGUCUUUGAUAAAGAGGCACGACCUGGGCCACUCUUCAAAGUUGAAGCCAUAACCUACAGAAACGAUCCAAUCCUGCCCAUUUCUUGCCCAGGAAACAUUGUUGAUGAAUCUCACACUACGGCACAACUAGCGGCUCCUGAACUAUUACUCCUCUGUCAGGAGCACGGACUUCCCAUCAAAGAGGCUUUUGCACCAGUCGAAACAUUGGCCACAUGGUGUGCGCUACAGGUAGAUACCGACGGGCUGCGAGAGAUGCACACCAACUCUGCCACUUUUUGCAGGAAACUCGGCGAGAUUGCGUUUAGCAACAAGAGUUGCAUGCUCAUCAACCACAAACUUCUUGUGGGAGAUGACAUCGAUGUCUACAACUGGAACAAGGUUAUGCGGGCAUUCGCCACACGCUGUCGGCCCGGCCACGAUGACCAUCACUUUGAAGAUGUCCGAUCACAUCCUUUGACGCCUUACAUGUCCCAAUUUCCAAACAUACCUAGACGUGGCGGUAAAGUAGUGUCUGACUGUAUACUCGCGUCUGAGUAUGAAAGACCAAGAGACUUCAAUCACGUUGAUUUUGACCAUUCGUAUCCUGAUGAUGUCAAGCGCAAGGUUCUGGGCAACUGGUCGAUGAUGGGGUUUUCAGAAAGAUGA